AGGUGGAGAGAGGCGAGAGAAAGGCCGGAGCUGAGCCUUCUUGCUGGAAAGAGGUGGAGCACGGCUACUCCUUACUUGCACAAAAAAUUUCCAACCAAGUUAAGCGAAAUUCCGUGGAUAUUAAUAUGCCGCCGGUACGCGUUUCUUAAGUUGAAAGUUGACCAAGACUUGGAGUCAGUCAAUCACCCGUGGCUACUUAUCUCUUCUGCCAGAUACGCGCAAAAAAUUUGCAUUGGAGGAAAGGAGGGCAGCAUUUGGAGAGGAGCAACAUAUCUGAGCUCCAGGUGCUCGAGGCCGACCACUCCUGAGUCGUAAAUUGUAAUAACUAAAGGACGCUGUUUAUUGUUGUGUGUUUGACGCUGUGGAACAAGAAGGCUGUAAGUGCCUGUCCGCAAAGAAGCACUUCAGCGACUCAAAGGGCUACAUCUAGUACACUAAUUUUCACAGGAAAUUUGGGCACUUACAGAAAAUGACCGGUACGAUGACCGGUAUGGAAGCUGCCGUAUUGUCUGCUGCAGUAUCUGGAAUAUUGAAGAUUGUGGGCAGCAAGUUAGCUCCACUACUAAUCAAAGAGUACAGCUCUAUAGUGGGUGUGAAGAAAGAUCUCCAGGAACUCCAUACUCAAGUUCUGGAUAUCAACAAUUGGUUGGAAAAAGCAGGAUAUUAUGUUACACGAAAUAAUCCAUCGUCUAGUUGGCUCGAAGAGUUGAAAGAUGUAGCUUACGCUGUUGAUGAUGUUGUCGAUGAGUUCCAGCUGAAGGCUGAGAAGAAUGAAGUGUAUGGUGAUGGUGGUAUUGUGUCCAAAUAUAUGUACACAAAACCAAAAUCAGUUAUAUUUCAAUGCAAGGCAGCCAGCAAGGUCAAGGAAAUCAAGAAGAGAUUUGCUGCAAUUGUGAAGCAAAGAUCUGACUUCAGUGCAAUAACAAAUAGUGUGCCAGUUGAACAUCCUGGUCGGCAUCAAAACAAGAAAACUGGGGAAUCAUUGCCAAUUGUUGAUGAGGCAUCAGUACUCGGAAGAGACCAAGAGAAGCACCAGAUAAUAUCUAAACUGAUAGAGACUAAUGACCCAAAGGAAAUCAAGACAUUUUCUAUCAUUGGACUUGGCGGUUCCGGGAAAACUACCUUGGCUAAAGUGGUUUUCGAUGAUGGUACCGUUAUAAAGAAGCAUUUUCAAGUUACACAAUGGGUUCAUGUGUCGCAAGAAUUUGAUGUUGAAGAGCUCAUCAAGAAGCUGUUUGAAGCUAUUAGUGGUGAAAAGUCCGAACGAUAUCCCUUGCAGCAAAUGAGCAAAACAAUAUUAGGCAAGUUGACCGGAAAGAGGUUUCUGCUUGUAUUGGAUGACGUUUGGACCGAGGACCGAAUUAAAUGGGAAGAAUUCAAGGUACAUCUAAAGAAGGGCGCACCUGGAAGCGCAAUUUUACUCACUACCCGCAAUAGAAAAGUUGCAGAAACAGUGGGAUCCACAGACCCAUUUGACUUGCCAUCCUUAUCUGAGGAUGAUAGCUGGAAACUGUUCCAACAAAGAAUGCCUGCAAAAGGUUUAGAGGUUGGAUUUAAAGAGGUUGCAAAAGACAUCAUGAGAAAAUGCGGUGGGCUACCACUAGCAAUUAUAGUUCUUGCAAGUGUCCUCCAUGGGAAGAAACGGAUAGAACAGUGGGAGACCGUGAGAGACAACAAUUUAUUAGAUGUUGAGGGUGAAGAGCAUAGAGUAUCCGCGUGCUUGAUGUUGAGUUAUCUCAAUUUGCCAUCUCAUCUGAAGCAGUGCUUCACAAUAUGUUCAGUGUUUCUUAAAGGUUGCUGGAUUGAUAAAGAACAACUGAUUGACCAAUGGAUUGCUCAUGAUAUGAUCACUCCAGUGGAUGAUGUUGUUAAUUACUUUGAAGGUUAUGAGUGCUUUAAUUAUCUUGUGCAAAUGGCUUUUCUACAAGAUGUGCAGGAAUUGCAUGGGAGAGUGAUAUGCACGAUGCAUGAUGUGGUUCAUGAAUUUGCCCGAUCCAUCUUGGGUGGUGAGAUUUCAAAGGAGCCAGCCAGUUCUACAAAGAACUGUAGAUACUUCUCUUUAACUGAAUGGCCAAGACAUCAUCUACCUAAAAAUUAUUUUGAAAAAGCACGUGCUAUAUAUGUUAAUCAGGGUGAUAACAUAACAUUUGGCAAGGCAUUGAAGAAUGCAAGACACUUGCGUAGUAUCAUUGUGAAGAAUAUGUCUACAGAAGCAGUACCCAAUGCCAUGUUUCAGCUAAAAAAUUUGAAAUAUCUUGAGAUAUCAGGACUACGAUGCUUUGCACUUCCAGAGGCUAUUUCAAAUGUUUGGAGCUUACAAGCGCUUCAUAUACCAGACAGUGAUAUUGUCAGGUUGCCUGAAUCCAUUGGUAGGCUGCAGAAGUUAAGGACACUAAACUUGUCAGCUUGUAGAAGCCUAGAGAGUUUACCAGAUUCUAUUGGUGAUUGCCACAUGAUUUCAACCAUUGAUCUUCAGCAUUGCUAUAGCCUUCCAGUGUUGCCAAACUCUAUCGGCGGAAAUAAAAAGCUAAGAGUGUUGAGACUAGGUUGCACCAAAAUUGAGUGGCUACCAUCAAGUAUCGCAACACUAGAAAAUCUACAUUGUUUAGACCUUUGGAUGUGUCGCAAUCUGGUAGAGUUGCCUGAAUGCAUUGGGGACUUGAAGAAGCUUGAAGUUUUGGACCUAGAAGGAUGUAAAUUUUUGAGAGCCAUGCCGGUAGGCAUUGGACAGCUCACUCGACUACAAACUAUGAGUUUGUUUGUUGUGGGCGAGGGUGAAAAAUCUGCACGAAUCUCAGAACUUGGAAAUGCAGCUAGAAUUAGUGAGAACCUAACGAUCAGAGGUAUUCAAAAUGUGAUAGAUCCAGAUGAUGCACACCAGGCAUGCUUGAAACAAAAGACAAACUUACAGCGCUUGGACCUGCAGUGGGAUAGGGAAGUCACCGUGCACAAUGAUGAAAAAGGGAGAAAAGUUCAUAGAUGGCCUAUUAAAAUUGACUUGGACAAUGUGAAUACUGAAUUGGAGCAAGCUGUACUUGAUGGUCUGGAACCUCCAUCAGGGAUUCAAGUUCUAAAAAUUAUGCGGUAUUCAGGCAGGCAAUACGCACGAUGGAUGUUGAAGCAAGCUGGUGGUGGAGCACAGGGGGCUCCUCAAUUCACAUGCUUGAAGGUGAUGGAGCUAUCGUUUUUAAGAAACAUAAAACAUCUGGAGGGCCUUGUGGAGUUGCCUUGUUUGGAGGAGCUUGAGCUGUAUCGUAUGUUCUCUCUUGAGAGCAUAAGCGGAGGCCCAUUUCCUUUGCUGGUGAAGUUAACAAUGAAUGGACUGGAUUGCCUAAGAGAGGUGUGGAUUGUAACAGAGAGGACCUUGGCUGGUGGAGAGGAGGGAGGAGGCUGCGGCAACCACUUGGGACAAUUGCAAAUUGGUAGUUGUCUAUCACAUUUAACCAUACGGGAUUGCCCUGAAUUGAUAGUGAAGCCGUACUUGCCGUCUUCACUGGAGUAUUUGGAGUUGUAUGGUAGCAAAGAACAGCGGUCAUCAUUAGGCCAAGGGUCCUCUUGGUCCUCCAGUUCUCAACCCUCUUUUAGUUUUAGCCACCUGAAGGAGCUUCACUUAGGAUGUGGGUGGGAGUGGGAGCUGCUGCAAUACAUAGCAACACUUGAGUCCUUGACGAUUGAGGACUGCGGCAAUGGCCUAAGAAAGCUCUUGAAGAUUGAGGACUGCGACAGUGGCCUAACAGAGCUACCAGAGAGCAUGCAGAGGCUCACGUCCCUUCGAUCUCUGAAGAUUUGGCGAUGCUCUAAACUUUGCAUGCUGCCCGAGUGGUUAGGGGAACUCCGGUCUCUGCAAAAGAUGGAUAUCUUUGACUGCAAUAGCAUGAGCAGCCUUCCCCAAUCACUGAGUCAUCUCACCUCCCUCCAGAGGCUCCGAUUAAGAUACUGUGAUGCACUUCACCAGCUGCCCGAAUGGCUGGGUGAGCUCCGCUCUCUACGGGAAUUCAUGAUUGUCGGUUUGCCGGGCCUGAGCUGCCUUCCCCAAUCCAUGUGCCGCCUCACCUCCCUUGAAUGGCUUCACAUAGAGGGGCGCACUAGCAUCAAAUCCUUGCCGGAAUGGAUAAAAGGCCUCGCCGCUCUGCGGAUAUUGUCCAUCCGUGACUGCCCUGAUCUGGGGAGGCGCUACCAGAGAGGAAAGGGGGAGGACUGGCACCUCGUCUCCCACGUCCGUCGUGUGAAUAUUUGGGAUGAUUAGUGAACUUCAAUCAGGCCCCCGUUCGCUUGAAGUUUUGGCCAUACAAUUUUACGGGUAUCCAAAUUCCAAUUGGACCGAUUGAUGCUGAGAAUUUUGAUCGUAAAGGGACGUGCUGCCAACGCCAUUGUUG